AUGGCGAGAGCAUGUGAUAUUUGUGGAUCUAGAAAAUGGAGGAAAGAUAAAGUGACGGGAAAUGCAGUAUGUGAAGAAGGUCACGUCCGUCAGGACUACCGAUCAGAGGUCCAUGAUAUGGAGAUUGGUGGACCUCGACAUCAAUUGACUCGAAGGAAGAUCGGUACGAGGGGAACAAGGAGGAAUAAGCGGAAAGAGGAAGGAAGGGCGAACCCACUUUUUUAUCAUGGAACUGAAGCUGAAUAUCUAAAGAUACAAGCUCUACAAUUGUUGUUAAGAUUACAAGUCCAAGCUAUAUCAAAAUUAUGGUCAUUACCUGAUACAUUUGAGAUGAUAGUUCGUGAUUUGUGGGCAUAUCAAUUAUCAUUAUCAGUCCUACCGCCUCUACCUGAAUCUUCCGAAUCGAAUCAACAGCCCGAUGUAUUACCAGCGAUAAUUGACAAACACAGUCAACACAGUCAAUCAAUAGAUGUUGAAAUGGUAGAUCAACACCGGGAUAGGGAUAGUAAAUCUGAUGAUGGCUCGCAGCCCGGUUCAGAUACAGAAGAUGAGAAACACGAGGAAGGUUCUGACGAUGAAAGAGGAUCAGAUCUCGAUCCGGAAAUUUUAGAGAGGCUGGAACAGUCCGAUGUAGAGGAUAUUGAAAGACAGAAUGACGAUAGGUCAGGAGAUGAGAAUAGGAACAAAGGAAAGAGGAAAAGGAAAUUGAGGAUCUCAGAUACGAUCAUCACGCUUGUUAUGGGUUUAUGGAUAAUGAGAGUACCCUUCAUGACAGUAGAAAUUGAAAACGCAAUAAACGAAAUGCAGAUCCCUUAUGUCGAUUUUUACCAUACUACUCACCUAUCAGAGGAUAUGAGAAAACACAUGAAUCGGGAUGUGAUGAUCUCCCUUUCACCCUUAAGAUCGCCUUCGCCAUCUCUUAUACACCGAUCAUGUAAGAACCUCGCUCGAGCGCUUCAUAAGAGAUAUGGUAUACAGAUACCAGAGAUGAAUGUACAUCCUGUCAUUUGGAGGGUAUUAUCCAAUCUAGCUACGACCUACACUCAAGUCAUCCGUCUGCUUUCUAUCCUAGACAUCAACUUCUCCCUAAUCGAAAGAGAGAUCCAAACGUAUUUCAGAAAGACCCGUGGUCGACCGAGAUCGACAUACCAAUCAACCGACGCUUCCGACGAAGAAGUGUCAGAAAGUGAUAGGAAGGAGAUGUACGAACGAACUUUGUUAUAUCAAGAUGUCAUUGCACCUGAAAUAGCAAUAGUGAGCGCUUGGAUAGUGAUCAUGAAAAUUGUAUAUGGCUUAGAUGGGAUACCUCGAGAAGCGCUCUUGAAGUCUGAUCCGGCUAUUGGGCUGCCUAGUUCUCAGACAUGGUUGGAUGAGUUGAGAGACAGGUUGAAUGAGGGUGUAUUGAAAGGUGGAAAAAAGUUUAUAGAGAAACAGUAUUUCAACACGAUGGACGCAGAUGAUAUAGAUAUAUUUCUUGAUAAAGCUGAGGGAAUUUUAUUGGAUCAUCGAGAAGAGCCAUCAGAUAUCACACCAUUCCCACUUAUCCUCCAUGAUUCAAUUCCAGCAUCGGACAUCCCCCCAAACUCAUGGAUAACAUUCCAUCAAAAAUCCGACAACUCCAACUCCACACGAAUUUCACACAAAUCGAUCCAAGCCAAUAGCGGUAAUAACAAAACCCUUCCUUUAAUGCCAGGAGAGAAAAUACGGUCUUUUGCUGCUAAUGAUCCAUUCUUGGAAUUGCCGAAUGAUUUGGAAGUGGUAGUUCAUGCCUCCAGUGAAGUUAUAGGGUGGGAUGUUAGGGAUAUACUUGGAUUCGUAGAGGUUAUUGAGAGGAGGUUGGAGAGACUUAGACCAAGGGAUGAGAGGGGUAGGAAAGUGAGGGAUAUAGAGGAUACGGAUGAGGACGAGAGAGAUGAUAAGAGUAGGAGUAAGAGUAGGAGCAGAGCGAGAAGUACAAGUAGGAGUAGGAGUAGAAGUGCUUUGGCUAGAUCAGGAUCGAGGGAAAUCAGUUUGAAUAGGGUGGUAAGUUUGAAUAACCUCAAGGUGAGGAGCAGGGAACCGAGUUUGAGUAGGACAGCGAGUUUGAAUAGGAUAAACAGUAGGAAAUGA